AUGUGGAACUCCAGCUCAAGCGUACUGCUGCCUCCGGGGUCCCGGGCCCUGUUCCUGCAGCCCUUCUGGGACCACAUCCUUCUCCACCACCUUGCCCUGGCCUCCUCUCCCUUCUUCCCCCUCCUGCUGGCCUUCUCCAGCUACGUCCUCUUCAGCCUACCCUUCGCCGUGCUGGACCUCCUGGGCGAGAGGACGCCCUCGUUCCACCGCUACAAGAUCCAGAAGGGCCGGCAGCCCACGACACGGAUGAUGGCGGCCAGCUUCGCCCGGGCGGUCUACAACCACCUGGUUUUCGUUGUGCCUGCCAUCUUCAUCAGCAGCCUGGUGGCACCUCCGCCCCCUCUGCCUGUCUCAGCCCCCACGGUCAGGGAGGUCUUCACCGGCUCGCUGGGGGUCCUCCUGGUCUUCGACACCCAGUACUACAUCUGGCACCUGGUGCACCACAGGAACCGUCACCUGUACAGGUGGGUGCAUGCUCUACACCACGACUACGUGGCUCCUUUCUCCUGGGCCUCCGAACAUCUGAGCGUGGUGGAGCUGAUGACCGUGGGAUUCUGGGGCAACCUGGACCCCAUCCUGCUGCACUGCCACCCCCUCACUGCCUGGGCCGCCGCUGUCAUUAGCAUCUGGAUGUCUGUGGAGGACCACAUCGGCUACGACCUGCCGUGGAGCCUCAGCCGUCUGGUGCCCCUGGGCCUGUUUGGGGGAGCGCCAGCCCACGACAUGCACCACCAGAAACCCAACAGCAACUUCGCUCCAUUCUUCUGCCACUGGGACAGGAUCUUUGGCACGGCUGCCAGGUCAGAGCCAGAGACGGACAAAAUCCUCAGGAGAAAGGACAACUUUUAA